CACACGAACAUCCAGACGCGGCAAUGAACGAAGUGAACCGGACUCGGCUGGACACCAACGGGACUCGGACUAUUUCCUCCCCGCGCCGAAGACCGCGCUCGCCCAACCCUAAGAACUGUGUGACGAUCGCCGUGUCGUCGCGUGUGCUCUUCAACAUGGACGCCGAGCAGCAGAUCUACGAGCAGCAGGGGAUGGAGGAGUACCUGAGCUACCAGGUGCAGCACGAGACCGAGCCCCUCAAACCAGGCCCCGCCUUCCCCUUCAUAAAGGCAAUAGAGGAGGUGAACUCUCGUCUGAGGGAGCUGUACCCAGACAGUGAGGAGGUGUUUGACGUCGUUCUGAUGACCAACAACCACGCUAACGUCGGCCUCCGCCUCAUCAACUCCAUCAACCACCACAAUCUGUUUGUAGAGCGGUUCUGUAUGACCGGGGGGAACAGUCCUAUUGGCUACCUGAAGGCCUAUCACACCAACCUCUAUCUGUCAGCAGACGCAGACAAGGUCCGGGAGGCUCUGAACGAAGGUAUCGCCGCGGCGACCAUGUUCUCCCCGGAGCAGGUGAUGGAGGUGAGCGAGACGGAGCUGCGUGUAGCGUUUGAUGGCGACGCCGUGCUCUUCGACGACGAGUCCGAGCGCAUCUACAAAGCCCACGGCCUGGACAAGUUCUUUGAGCACGAGAAAGCUCUGGCAGACAAGCCCCUAGAUCAUGGGCCGCUAAAGGGGUUCCUGGAGUCGCUGGGGAAGCUGCAGAGGAAGUUCUACGCUAAGGGCCGGCGGCUGGGCUGCCCCAUACGCACCUACCUGGUGACCGCACGCAGCGCAGCCAGCUCGGGCACGCGGGCACUCAAGACGCUGCGCUCCUGGGGGCUGGAGGUGGACGAGGCGCUGUUCCUGGCUGGCGCUCCCAAGGGCCCCCUGCUGGAGAAGAUCCGCCCGCACAUCUUCUUCGACGACCAGAUGUUCCACGUGCAGGGAGCCUCCCGCCUGGGGACCGCCGCCGCUCACGUACCCUACGGCAUCGCACAGAGAACGCCCAAGCCCUCCGCACCCACCCCCACCAAGUAGCACACACACACACACACACACACACACACACACACACACAUACACCUCCUAAGGCAUCGCCCAGAAAACGCCCAAACCCUCCAUACACUCCCCCACCAAGUAGCACACACACACACACACACACACACACACUCACUCAAAUUCACACUACACAUCUAAGCCCACUUUAAACACAUGCAUGAACCCACACAAAUUUGCCCAAACACACACACUCACACACACACACACACACACACACACCACACACACACACACACACACACACACACACACACACUCUGACAGCAUGGAGCAACCUUCCACGGGCGGAAUGAAGAUCUGCUGUACCAGAGUGGCAGACUGCUUUUGGAAUAAACCUUGAACUUGAGAGAGAA